GGAGCCCGGCAAACAGAGCUGCCCGAUCUUCUGCCCGCAGGUUUCCUCAAGGAACACCACCAGGACUUCUUCCAGCCUCCCCUGCCGGAGCAGAAAGCAGAAGCCAUUCGCCGCCUGGGUUUUGGCACCAACAACAAGAUCUUUCUGGAGUUCGAGCGGCCUUUCUGGGAACCCCAGCAGCAGCUCAUCGAAGUGGUGUGGGAGGACGAGUCGCCCCUCGAGGAGCCUAGCGCCGACUUGGAGGCCAACUGGUUCAAGAAGCUCAUCGGAUUCGUGGUCCUCCAACCGCCGGAGCAGCAUGGGCACGUCCUCUGCGGCUUCAUCGCGGGGAAGGAGUCAGAGUACAUGGAGACGCUGAGCGACGCGGAGGUUCUUGGCACUAUGACGCGCGUGCUCCGCACGCUGACAGGGAACCCGUGCCUGCCUGCUCCCAGGAGCGUGCUGAGGUCCCGGUGGCACAGCGCUCCCUACACCCAGGGCUCCUACAGCUACGUGGCCGUCGGCAGCUCGGGGGACGACAUCGACGUGCUGGCUCAGCCCCUGCCCGAGGACCCCGAGGACCCCAGGGUAAUUGCUUUUGGCCUGGGGGAUGCAGCCCACCGCACCUUCUCCUCCACCACCCACGGGGCCCUGCUGUCAGGCUGGCGAGAGGCCGAGCGCCUCAACCAGCUCUUCGAGGCGCCCAGCCCCGCUCCACGGCUCUGA